AUGACUUCCAAAGAAGAACCCAAGCCUUCCUCGGGGGAAGAACGGCGGCGGAGCCCCUUGGAUCACCUCCCACCGCCGGCCAACUCCAACAAGCCCCUCACCCCCUUCAGCAUCGAGGACAUCCUCAACAAGCCCUCGGUGCGGAGGAGUUACACCCUCUGCGGAACGGCACACCUCCUGUCCGCUGCCGAGAAGCACCCCCCGGCCGGGCUGCCCCUCUCCGGCCGGGCGCUGCUUUCCCAGACCUCGCCCCUCUGCGCCCUGGAAGAGCUGGCCAGCAAGACCUUCAAAGGGCUGGAAGUCAGCGUGCUGCAGGCGGCCGAAGGCCGGGACGGGAUGACGAUCUUCGGGCAGCGGCAAACGCCGAAGAAGCGUCGGAAGUCGCGGACGGCCUUCACCAACCAUCAGAUCUACGAGCUGGAGAAGCGGUUCCUCUACCAAAAAUACCUGUCGCCGGCGGACCGGGACCAGAUCGCCCAGCAGCUGGGGCUCACCAACGCCCAGGUCAUCACCUGGUUCCAGAACCGCCGCGCCAAGCUCAAGAGAGACCUGGAGGAGAUGAAGGCCGACGUGGAAUCGGCCAAAAAGCUGGGCCCUAACCCCUCCGUGGACAUCGUGGCCUUGGCUGAGCUGGAGCCCAGCGCCGAGGGAAGGGGCAAGGCGCGGCCCGGGUCCCCGCCGCCGCCCCCCGCCGCCGCCCGGGAGCCCGGUGCCCCGCCACCGCCCCGCCCCGCCUCGCCCCCCACGGAGCGGCCCCGCAGCCGCCGGGACAGCGAGGAGGAGGAGGAGGAGGAGGAGGAGGACGUGGAGAUCGACGUGGAUGACUGA